CCAUUGAAGCGCAACGUAGUUGAAGCAAAACGAGCGCACAAAGAAAGGGAUAAGGGCAUAGAUAAGUGUAAUUUACAAUCUCACAGUUGACUUAUGUGACACUUGUGUACACCGUUAUCAUAAUUACAAGCAGCACCGGAAAACAGGCUGCUGCGAAGAUCGCUUACCAGUGUGGUGCAAGAUGCUGAUCUAUCUGCUGCUGAUUGCCGUUAGUGCUGCGGUCUGGUAUGUCCAUCGGAAGUAUUCGUUCUGGGUGGAUCGGGGCGUGCCGUACGUGCAGCCCCGAUUCCCAUUCGGCAACAUUCAAGGCAUCGGAAGACGGAUGCAUUCGUCCCAGCUAAUGACAAAGUUCUACAACGAGCUGAAACCUUCCGGACGGUCAUUUGGUGGGAUUUAUUUCUUCACCAAUCCGGUCGCUUUGGCCCUCGAGUUGGACUUUGUGAAGAACGUGCUGGUGCGUGAUUUCGCCCACUUUCACGACCGUGGCGUUUACUACAACGAGAAGGAUGAUCCAAUAUCGGGCCAUCUGUUCAACAUCGAGGGUACCAAGUGGACCAACCUGCGAAAGAAGCUCAUCCCGACGUUCUCCUCCGGCAAGAUGAAGAUGAUGUGUCCAACGAUCGUAUCCGUCGGUGGCCGGUUCCGGGAGUGCUUGGAGCGAUGCAUCGCGAGCGAUGGUGAGGUAGAGAUGAAGGAACUGCUGGCCCGGUUUACCACGGACGUGAUCGGGACGUGCGCCUUCGGUAUCGACUGCAACAGUCUGAACGAUCCGAACGCAGAAUUCUUACGGAUGGGCCGGAAGGUGUUCGAAGUGCCGCGGGGUCGUAUACUGAAGUUUUUCUUCAUGGCCACCUUCAAGGACUUUUCGCGGCGCAUUCACAUCAAAGGUACGAGCGAGGAUGUGUCACAGUUCUUCUUCAAGGUCGUACGUGAAACGAUCGAGUAUCGCGAGCAGCACAACAUUCAGCGGAACGACUUUAUGAACCUGUUGAUGCAGCUGAAGAAUAGUGGACAGCUGGACGAUUCCGGUGAGACGGUCGGUAAGCUAAGUCUGAAUGAGAUUGUUGCACAAGCGUUUGUGUUUUUCCUCGGUGGGUUUGAAACGUCUUCGACGACGAUGUCUUACUGUCUGCAUGAGCUUGCCCUGAAUGAGCAGAUACAGCAACGAGCACGACAGUGUGUGCUGGAUGCUGUUAAAAAGCACGGUGGUCUUUCAUACGAAGCACUCAUGGACAUGCCGUACAUUGAUCAGUGUAUUAACGAAUCUCUUCGAAAGUAUCCACCGGGUGCGAACCUUAUACGGCAGGUUAGUCAAGAUUAUCGUGUCCCGGGUACGGAUGUUACCUUUCCGAAGGGUAUGAACGUUAUGAUUCCGGUGUACGCCAUCCACCACGAUCCGGAACACUAUCCCGACCCGGAACGGUACGAUCCAGACCGAUUUGCACCGGACGCAAGUGAAGCAAGGAAACCGUACAGCUUCAUCCCGUUCGGGGAAGGUCCAAGGAUUUGUAUAGCGGCUCGAUUCGGAAUGUUGGAGGCACGCGUUGGGCUUUCGGUGCUGUUGAUGCACUUUAGCUUUACAAGAUGUUCCAAGACGAACGUGCCAUUAGUCAUUUCUUCACGUCAUGCUGUACUGACACCGGAAGGUGGACUUUGGCUCAAGGUGGAAAAGCUGCAAGCAUAAUGGAACAAACGAAUGUCGCUUGAGUCAGGAAAUCGGUAAGAAUUAGCAUUAGAAUUUGUUUGUUUUGGUUUUAAUUUUCAUCUUCUAAACUGGUAGAAUAAAUAAGAAUCCUUUUAUUUUCA